AACUUAAGACCAGCGUGCGUCGGGCAGCCUCGCGCUCAGACGGUCCGGUAACCAUCCCCGGUGCGGAGAAGAAAAAUCAGCGGGACAAACAAACGAAGGUGAGGACGAAGGAGACGGACACAGACAUGGCGACUCCUCCGAAGAGAGUCCGCAGCGUUCCCGCCAGUCCUCCGAUGAGAGAGAGCUGUGUCCGCAGAGAGAAGAAGAUCUCCAUCGAGGGAAACAUCGCUGCAGGAAAGUCUACGUUCGUACGUCUCCUACAGGGGGCGUCAGAGGACUGGGAGGUGAUCCCUGAGCCCAUCGGGAAAUGGUGCAACGUCCAGAAUGAGGGUGAAGACAUUUACCAGGAGCUGAGCUCGUCUCAGAAGAGUGGGGGGAACCUGCUGCAGAUGUUGUACGACAAACCAAGCCGCUGGUCCUACACCUUCCAGAGUUACGCCUGCCUCAGCAGGGUCCGCUCCCAACUUCAGUCUCCAUCAGCCAAACUACAGCAGGCUGAACACCCCGUCCAGUUCUACGAACGCUCCGUCUACUCAGACAGAUACGUGUUUGCGUCCAACCUGUUUGAGAGUGGUCACCUAUCAGAGACCGAGUGGAGCGUCUAUCAGGACUGGCACACCUGGUUGCUGAACCAGUUUGAGCAAGACAUCGCCCUUGAUGCCAUCAUCUACCUGAGAGCACCUGUACAGCGCUGCAUGCAACGCCUGUUACAUCGGGGUCGAGAAGAGGAGUCGGGAAUUCCUCUGGAGUAUCUGGAACAGCUUCACUUCAAACACGAGGCCUGGCUCUACCACAGAAACAUGAGGUUGGACUUCGAGUACUUGAAUGACCUCCCUGUUCUGAUUUUGGAUGUUGACGACGACUUCAAGAAGGACCGCAUCAAACAGGAAGUCAUCAUCGACAAGGUCCGUGACUUCCUGUCCACUCUCUGAAACGUCUCUGUCCAAUCACAGCAGCUGAUUUCAUCAUGGACUCAUCUUACUGGCCAGCUCAGAGCUGUCUUUGUUUGGUUGUCUGUGUUUUUACCACAGAGUUGAGAGCAGUUUUUGCUGAAUGUUUUUAUUUUUUUAUUCUCUAAAUGAACUUUAAAAUUUUUGUACAUAAACAUGUAGCUGACAUCUACAGCCGUCAGCUGAGUUUCUUAUUUAUCAGGUCAUUUUGGAGGUCAACGCCCCCAUUUACACCUCAAACUAACCUCCUUCAUGGUCAUUCAGAUACCAGUGAGACAUCUCUCUCACCUAUGGUGGCCUGGAGGGCUCACAUUAAAGCACAUUCCCAUUGCUCUGAAAUCAGAAAACAGGAAAACAAACAGCUACGACUGAAAUACAAGCAACACCAUCACAGGAACACUGAUGUUACUGAAGAUGCAUUAGUGAGACCUCCAGGCCACCGUACCCAGACAGUUCUUCUAAAGUUGCCAACUAUGGCCAAAUACAAAAAAAAGAGGGAGGAGGCUCCCAGCAUCCCCAGCUUCACCAACAUUCCAUCCUUUGAAGGUGUCAUGCUUUAAAGUUUUUAAUCUGCUUUAAAGGAUGGCAUGUUUCACAAGCUUUGAUGAAAUAUUUCUCGAUGCUUUUUCAAAGAUGACACCAUCAGAGCUUGUUAAACAUUCCAUUCUUGCCUUGUUCAUCCAUCCCAGUCUAGGCCAGAUUUUUUUGGUAUCUGAAUGACCCUAAAUGCAUCGUGAAUGCUAAAUGUAAACCAUGUGUCAGUGAAUGCUCCAUGAUGCCUUCAGGGAGCAUGGUUUUCUCUGUAAAUAAACAUCAGACUGAAAGUGAAA